UAACUGACUUCCUGCCCUUUGGGCAGGGGGCUGGACCCAAUGAUCUUGUGAGGUCCCUUCCAGCCCUAAUGUCUGUGAAAUUUAUUAAAUCAGUUGGCAUAUCAACAAGUAUCGGUGCUGCCGGAGCUGCCACCCCAGCUCUAGUGUCUGCACCUUGGAGAACAGCACCCGCCACUUCUUGGUGACGCUUGGCAGCAGCUCAGGGCACCAUAACCUUGGCUCCAUCCCCACUGCUGGCCCUGGCUCUGACCUCCUUCCCGUGUUCCUGCCUUCCCAGCGUUGGUCAAGGCCAGGCCAAUCAUGUCUGGGGGGACUGGGGGCUCCCACUAUCUUGGCUGACAUUAGGCUGCACCGCCCAGCUAUGCCGCUGCAGGCUUUGGGGUGCCAGUGGGCGGCUCCAUACCCCACGGCCAGGUCCAGCACUGGGUGCAGCUGUUUCAAGUUGCUAGACACGGCCUGGGGCCUUGAGCAUGCCAUCUGUUAACUUGGAGCCAAGCCACCUCUGACUGCAGUCCAGUGGCCUCAGCUCCACACAUGCUGCUGACAGAACUUGUGGCUCUUGGGUGCACCUUGCACCUUCGUCCACUCCCUGGCCAGGAAUGUGCUCAUUGUUCACACUGCCCUUGGCCACUUUCCCAGCAUGGCCCCGGUGCUGCUGUGUGUGGGGGCUGUCCACACAUUCACCUAAUGAGCUGCAUCAAGGCGUCUUAAGGCAUGCACAUGUAACGCAUGCCUAAAUCAUUUGAAUGAGCCUUAGGCUAAGGCACAUUAAGUUUAGGCCUAUGUAAAUUCACAUGUAGACACACCCACUGUGACUAAAAUAUGCUUCCUUUUCCCCUGAUGGAUCUCAACCAGUUGUGUGUGGAACAUUUAAUAGUGCUUACAUCAUCACAUGGUGCUGAUUUUUUUGUCUCCACUGCUAAAUAUUUUCUUAACAGUAAUUGGCCAUGCCGGCAAUUUUGGUGUCUUUUAAGAGAAGGGGAAUUGUCCAUGAGACUACCACUCUCUUACAAUGUUGUUCAUGUGUCCAAAAGCAUGGCCACAGAGCUUUCCUGUUCUAAAUGAAAGGCUGUAACAAAAAGAUACUGGAGCUGAAGCAAAAAAGGAAAGGGAGCCUGACUUUAAAGCCAGGUCUGUUGUAGAAAAACAGUCUUCUUUUAUAGCCAAAAUGUAGGCAGGAAUAGAUUCCUCAAGAGAGAUUCUGUGCCUUCUGAUUGCUAAGUCACUGGAUUGUUUGUGGAUCACCAAUUCUUCUAUUAUAUGGUGUCCACCUCUGAAAUUAAUGGGACCAUAUUCCUUCCCGGUGUCAGUCUUAGGGACUUGCAGCUCCAUAUAGCCCUGCACUAUAUGCAGAGAGCCAAGUACAACCACUUGCAACACCAUUGGCGAGCCAGGUUACAAUGCUGUACCUGAGUCCCGGUGACAGCACCUACAGUAGAGUGGCAUUCUCCGUACUUGUUGGGGAAGGAGUGUUCUUCAGUUCUAACUCUUGUUUUUCAAACCUGCCGGAGAGUUUCUAUUCUCAGGACUCAGCCUGGAAGGGACUGUAUUAUUAUUAAUAAUUUAUAUUUGAAUUACCACAGUGCUUUGGAGGCUUGGUUGUAGUCCAAGAUUUCAUUCCACUUCAUUGUAGAAAUGUAGAACAAAGAGAGUUCCUGUCUUAAACAGUUUAGGUGGGGAGUCUGAACUAACAGGUGCAUGGAGGUGGAGAGAUAAGGUUAGAGCAGGGGACGGAGUUGGAUAGGGUUAAUAUGUACAACUGUAUACCGGUUUGCUCAUUGUAAUGUAGAGAACACACACCAGGGCAGUGAGCUGCCAAAAAUUGAUUGGCUUGGGUCUUCAUCAUUUAUCAGGCCAUUAUACUGAGGUCUCCCUCCAGGAGGUUUUCUAGAACUGAAUGAGUGAUAUUUCCUUUUUCCACCUGUAUAUCUUGGCUGUUCUCAUCAUCCUAUGGAGCCUGCUGCCAGCCCCAUCUUUCUGUGACAUUUCCGAAUUUUUCUUUUUUACUGAGUUUGGAAAUUUGAGAACAUUAAAAAGGAAAGUUUCAAAGGAAGCCAAGGAGCUGAAGAGAAAUGCUCGGAGGAGGGGGGUAGAAAGGGCAGGGGGGUGGAGCUUCCACCCACUUUUCAGGAGCAUUAAAUUAAAUUUACGUUUGUUACAUAAGUUAACUGUGAAAAUCCUGUGCAAUUAGGAACUCCCUAUAAAGUUAUUUUGGUGGUAAAAUCAGAAUUUGGGGGAAAAAAGGCUUAAAAAUUCUGCCAAAAAUCUAGCAACAGACUUUCAAUGUUUAGAAUGUGACGAAAAAUACUCUUUGGGAACAGCAAAUCAACAGUCAGCCCAUCCCAGGACUGGAAUUAGAGAGAAAGGGAAUCUGUUCCAGCAGAGACUGCUGGGAUCAGAGAAAGCAAGUGGAAACGCCACAGCAAACAGCUUUUACUUCCCCCAAGUCAUUUAACUACUGAAGAGGUGGGGACCCUGACCUGCAUGGCCCUCAUGAUUCAGGUGCAGCUCAAAGUCUGGCUGUGGACAGCUUUGGUCUUCUACAUGCCUGCUGGAUCCCAGAGGCUGACAGGUGAACAACUUCACAGUAAGGACCAAGCUGACGUGAACAAGUUUCAUAACAAGCUGGAGGAUGCACACAUCAUGCUAGAGUUGCUCUGGGCAGGGCUGGAGAUUGAAGCCAAUGAGACAAUCUGGCUCCAGGAUGAGGAGCUGGCUUCUCUGCGCCCAGCAAAGCGACUGAUCCAGAUUUUCCAGCAUCAAGUUCCCAAGACACCAGCAAGGAUUGAACAGCAACUGAGACAUUUUUCACUGGCUGAGGCCCCUCUGACUUUAGCAGAGUUUGACCAGCUCCUCUUCACAAGCGUUUAUUGUGCCUAUCAGAUUCGCUCCAUUCAGGGCCUAGACAAGAAUCUUUGGAUCACUUUCUUUUCUCAGCUGAUUGAUGAAAUCUUCCGUGAUCUCUGCAAGGGGUUUUGCCCUGCAGAUUCUGCUCUCCUGGCUUCCUGGCCCUGGAAAGAUAAACCCUUCUAUUUAACCUCACUGAAAAAGUCCUAUCAUUCUCACCUUGCCAUGACCAAGAGAAACCUUGAGUAAGGAAAAUGAUACAAAGGAAAGUCAAGUUUUGUGUUUGGAUUAUUUGGAGUGCUGCCUGUCAUCCAAUAUCAUCCAGAACAGUGUGUCAAAGUGCUACCUACCAUUCUUCCUGUUUUGCUUUCUGUAUCAUACUGAAAAAUUCCUAGCAGCUUAUCAAUCAGCUAUUUUUCCAUCUUUAAAUAUGAAAUAAGGUGAUGGAUCUCUCCCUAGGAAUUCCAUAAAGAACACUCCUCUGAGGUGAAUUUAGCCAUCUGAGCUUUGGUAUUAGAUACUACUACUGCAGGUGGUGAUAUCUUUCCAAUGUUAUAUGCCUUGAUCACUGAUAGUCAUGAGAGAUGCCCUGGCACCUUUUCCAGGGUGUUAGUUCAGGUGUGCUGGCUGAAUUCCAUGUUGGAUAAUUCCAUUCUGCCUCUGAAUUUUUCCUGUAGUUUCAAUUGGCUACAAUAUUUUCCCUUCCUGCAAUAGCCCACUGUGUGCCUUAGCUAUGUUGUUCAUACAGCUGCUGUGUUUCACUGGGGCUAAACUCCGGUGAUGAGUCAAAUAAUUUUUGAUCCAAUAUUAUCUAUCAUCCCAUAUAAAAUGCCUGUCAUGGGAUGACAGAUGAACAUCCAACUCCUUCUUCAAAAACUCCUGAAUAUAUACUUAUUUCAUGAUGUCUCUGGUAUAAUACAUAUAUAAAUCAUUCUAUAUUUUGCAUUUGUUUAGGAUGAUACCUACAGGCAUCACAUCUUAAACUCCUGAGAACAAGAAACAAUUUUUUUCUUCAGCAGAUUUUACUUCGUUUAUGCAGUGCCUUUUACAUCCAUGGCACUUUACAGAUCAAAUAAAUAUAAUAUAUGUUCCAUCAUAAUUCUUAUAAUUAAGGAUACAGUUAAGCUUCCUGUCAUGCUCACUGCAACAUGGAACUAAUAACCUAAUCUCAAUUAGCCGAAAUUAUUUUAAUUGACAUUGAUUUCCUAGUUUCUGAUGGGCUUCCUGCUAGCUACACCAACCAGGAACCUCUCCAACUCCUCAUUAGAGUGAGGGAAAUAAAUUCCUUAGGGCUCACUAUAUUUUCAACUUUACAAGAUUAAAGAUGGAGCUACAUUCAAUAACACAUGCAGAAAAUUGUGACAUUCAAAACAGGAACUACUAACUUUUGACCUAGUUUAUUUUUCUCAAUCCCACUAUCCUGAGAGAGAGAGAUGAGAAGCUGUGAGACAUGUAUGGGAAGCCCAGAGGCAAGAUGUAGUCUUUGAGCCACAGAGAAUGAUUUUAGAGGUCAAGGGUAUCAGAGAGUGUGGGGUUUGCACAUUUUUAAAGUAUAAAUCUUGCAAAGAAUGCAGAAAUUGUGACUAGGUUUGUACAUACAUUCCAAUUCCCAGAUAGAUGGAAUAAAAUAUAAAUGCUAUCCCAAACAAUAAUCAUUUUGGUAUGGUCUCUAUCCACAGCCUAUACCAUUUACCUGAACAGUCAUAGAGUCAUAGAAUCAUAGAAAAUUAGGAAUGGAAGGGACCUCAGGAGGUCUAGUCAAACCCCCUGCCCAAACCAGGACCAUCCCCAUCUAGAUCAUCCCAGCCAAAGCUUUGUCUAGCCUGGUCUUAAAAAUCUGUAAGGAUGGAGAUCCACAACCUCUUUAGGUAACCUUUUCCAGUGCUUUACUACCCUCCUCAUGAG